CACUGCUCUCCUGUUGCUCUGAGAGGAGGCAGGCCGGUGUUUUUCCACUGUCUCAUGUCCCCCGGUUAGAGAGACAAAGGUCAGAAAGAGAGGCUUAUAAACAGGCUAAAAUAAAGGCUUCCGACACGCUCAGACCUCAGUCGCUCUCAGAGACAUAAGAGGACACGGACAAGACGAAACCCACAAGGGACUGCUCAAAGGACAUUAAAAGGACAAAAUAACAAUAUUUCAUCAACAUAGCAGAAUGGCUCAAAAAGAGAAACUCCAGUGCCUGAAAGAUUUCCACAAGGACACUCUGAAACCAUCUCCAGGUAAAAGCCCUGGCACCCGGCCUGAAGACGAAGCAGAGGGCAAACAUCCCCAGCGUGAGAAGUGGGCAAGCAAGCUGGACUUUGUUCUGUCCGUUGCUGGCGGCUUUGUUGGUUUAGGGAACGUCUGGCGUUUCCCGUACCUCUGCUAUAAGAAUGGUGGAGGUGCAUUUCUCAUCCCCUACUUCAUUUUCCUGUUUGGCGGAGGUCUACCAGUCUUCUUCCUGGAGGUUGCCCUGGGUCAGUUCACCUCCGAGGGUGGCAUCACCUGCUGGGAGAAGCUCUGCCCCAUCUUUACUGGUAUUGGUUACGCCUCCAUUGUGAUCGUAUCUCUGCUGAAUAUCUACUACAUCGUCAUCCUGGCCUGGGGUCUCUACUAUCUGUUCCAAUGUUUUCAGCCGGAGUUGCCCUGGGCCAAGUGCAAUCAGCCCUGGAACACUGAACGAUGCAUCGAGGACACCUACCGCAAGAACAAAACCCUCAUGAUGGCUGCCAACAUCACCAACUUUUCCAACUUCACCUCCCCCGUCACCGAGUUCUGGGAACAUAAUGUGCUGGGUAUCAGCAAUGGGAUCGAGGAUAUAGGUCCAGUUAAAUGGGAUCUGGCUCUGUGUCUACUGCUGGUUUGGGUCAUCUGCUUCUUCUGCAUCUGGAAGGGAGUCAAAUCUACUGGCAAGGUGGUCUACAUCACAGCAACGUUCCCUUUUGUCAUGCUCAUCGUUCUUUUGAUCCGUGGUGUGACACUGCCGGGGGCUUCUGCCGGCAUCAAAUUCUACCUGUACCCAGACCUGGCUCGUCUGAAAGACCCAGAGGUGUGGAUUGACGCCGGUACCCAAAUCUUCUUUUCCUAUGCCAUCUGUUUGGGCGCCAUGACAUCCUUGGGGAGCUACAACAAGUACAAAUACAACUGCUACAGGGACUGUUUGCUGCUGGGAGCCCUCAACAGUGGUACCAGUUUUGUGUCUGGCUUCGCAAUAUUUUCCGUCCUGGGCUUCAUGGCACAAGAGCAAGGGGUGGACAUUGCUGCUGUGGCAGAGUCAGGUCCAGGCCUGGCGUUCAUCGCCUAUCCCAAGGCUGUAUCCAUGAUGCCUUUCCCUACAGUCUGGGCUGUUCUUUUCUUCAUUAUGCUGCUGCUGCUUGGCCUCGACAGUCAGUUUGUGGAGGUGGAAGGGCAGAUCACAUCACUUGUGGAUCUGUAUCCGUCCUUCCUAAGGAAGGGUUACCGCAGAGAGAUCUUCAUCGCUAUCAUCUGCAGCAUCAGCUACCUGUUUGGACUCACCAUGGUUACCAAGGGUGGCAUGUAUGUUUUCCAGCUGUUUGAUUACUAUGCAGCUAGCGGUGUGUGCCUUCUGUGGGUGGCAUUCUUUGAAUGUAUAGCUGUUGCCUGGGUUUAUGGCGCUGAUAAUUUCUAUGAUGCACUUGAGGACAUGCUUGGCUACAGACCAAAUGCUUGGAUGAAAUAUAGCUGGAGUUAUAUCACUCCUAUACUGUGCAUGGGCUGCUUUAUCUUCUCCUUGGCCAAAUACAAGCCAUUGACGUACAACAAGAUCUAUGAGUAUCCUGAUUGGGCCAUUGGAAUUGGUUGGGCUCUGGCCUUGACCUCCAUGAUCUGUAUCCCUAUGGUGGUUGUGAUCAAGAUCAUCCGUUCUGACGGGCCGCUCAUUGAGAGGAUCAAAGCUGUGGCAGCCCCGGUUCGCGGUGGGGCCAGCUCCCGCCCCGCAGACCACCGUGGCCUCAAGGAGCUCUCCUACCCUCUGGACCCCAACGGGAACAAGGGCCUGUUGAUGAAGGCUCCCACCCACACCAUCGUAGAAACCAUGAUGUAAAGGAAUGAGACGGAGGCUCUCCAUGAGAUCGCUCUCCUCUCCUCUCCUGUCCUCUAACAUGCUUCUAAAGCUAGCUAGUUUUCUGUCUUUCUGUCUGUCUGUCUGUCUGGUGGACUGAUAAGGGUUAUAAGGAAGGAAAAAUCCCCCGGUUUCAAAUCUUCUAGGAAUACUUUAGAAGUAGUUUGCUCUUGGUGGAUUUUCUUAAGAGGGUAGCAAUCCCAUUUCAAAUCUAUUUCUGAAACAAUUAAUGGUGCUGGUCUUUAUUUUCCUCUUUAUAAUAUCCAUGUGACUAUAUGUCCCACUCUUAACUUGUUUAAAGGCAGAGUGGCAAAUUAGCACCAGCCUCUGGUCAUCUGUGGUACAUUUGUUUGUUCCAAAAGCAAAUGUUUUUGCAAAAGUGGUCAUUGAGUCUUGGAGUCAAGCAGCUUUUUGCAACCACCAAAUGAAAAAAAGAUUAACCACAUAUAAGAGACAACCAGCAAACUACAUGUUUUGGGGGAAGUUCUUGGAAUAUAUAACAGCUGUUUGACUGUGAUACAAUGAACUGGGUCCACUUAUCUGAGGGCAAGGGCCACAGGGUUAUUUUGGUUUAUUAUGGUUUAUUUAUCCAGUUGAGAUGGAUAAAUUAAAGAUAGACAUAUAUGAAGUCACAUGUCUCCCUUCAGAAAUCAGCACAUUUUUCGGUUGCUCAAGGCAAGAGUUUCUUGAGAAAUAUGACUAACCUACAUUUCUAAAUGUGGCUUUGAAGUGUCUCAAUCUCAUACAUCUUCUAGAUUGUUUUCUGUGCUACAAUUGAUUUAACCAGUACACAGAAUUCCCUGUUAAAAGGCUAAAUGUAGAGUUGUCACAGCCAUGAUUGCCAAUGACCCCAACCAAACCAGGUUUCUGGUUUUUGCACAUUAGCACACAUAUCCCCAUCUUCCAUAGCCAUGAUCUAUGGGUCAAACUAGCACUGAACGCAUCAGGAAACCCGCUCCUGCUCGAAGACGGUGGUAUCUGAAAGGAUUUGAAGUGUGGAGGUUGAACCCUUGAGUGUGUUGUCUGUGGCGUACUGUACAGUAGUAGCUAAUCAGUCUAUCUAUAUCUAUCUCUCUAUCUAUCUUUCUCUGUCCUAGACCAGUUUACAGUACAUUAGUGACUGCACUAGGCGCUCUUGGCUUACAAUUUUUGGAUUGGAUUUCUUUUUUAUUUUACAGGGGACGUUACAUUGUUAUUAGUUGUUCCUCUGUCAAUGUUUGGAUUUUUUUUAUUUUAUUAAGACUAUAAUGUUAUUGGUAUUCACUAUUGAUGAUAAUCGCCGUAGUUAUACAUAGAGGAAUGAAAACGUCUUUUAUCGGGUAAACAUUUUAAGCUAUUAUACAAAUCAUACAUUUACAGUGGCAGCCAUUGUAGUAAUAAUCCUCUUUGUUGAUUUCCUGCCAACUAUUCCUUCUUUUUAUUAUCAAAAAAACAAUGCAACUGAUUUAUCCCAAAUAUUUUUCUCCUGUGGUGGUGUGGGUCAAACAUUCAGUGAGCAGUUCAAUGUACUGUGAAACAUGGGAAUUCUACAAUGGCUCCAUCUGUAAGUUCCUGGUGUCGGGGGUUUGUAGCUUUUUACUGUAAAAACCAGGGGACAGUAUUUCAUUUGGAUAAAUGUGGCUAGACAGUGGCCAAUGGUAAUACAACAUGUCACCCACUCAGUGGCUUUGAGAAAGCACCCAGCGUCAAACUGUCCAACCGUCUGAGUGUGAAACUAUCUUCCAGACACUGACAUGGGCAGCUGGCUGCUGACAAAUCAGAGCCGAUGAAUGACAAUGAAUAAGAUCCCUCAUGUAUUUGCUUCAUCUUGUUUCAAAUGAACUAAAAGGCUGAAUUUCAAAAGCCAAAUGUUCUUAAGAGCAAAUGAAAAGCUACCUAACCUUGUGUUCAUUGAAACUUCCAUAGAGGGAAUUGUUUGUAUCAUCAUUUGGGAUAGAGUCUCUUUAAAGUCAGACAUAAUGAAUUUAUGAUUUAGUUAAUAAAAGCUGUGAAAUUAGACACUGUUCAAGACAACGACAGCGGGAAGUUGUGUCUGACACCUCCUAAACCUGUACUUUACAUAAAAUAAUACGCUGAUUUAAACUGUCUUUAGACGUCCAGAAUACUGUUGAUGUGAGCCAUUAUCUAUGGAAAGCAGACAUUCACUUUCAUAUAUAAAGUCUAAAAUAUUUGCAUUCUGGGUGAUAAAUACUCAAUUCAAAUCAAUCCGAAUGAAUGUUUCUGUCUUAAAGGCCUCACAGAUUAGAAAAGCAUACAGCUUCCUUACCUUUGUUAUCCACAAAUGUAAGCAAAAAUAAGGAAAGAGUGAAUCAAUGAGACUUUUUAUUGCACCUUAUUUUUAAAAUGUGGCUUUCAUAUCAAAGUAUGUGGCCAAAAAAACUAAACACUGCCAUUUUUUAUUCAGGGCCCCCCAAAAAAAAUCCUACUACUCGUAAAACCCUUAAGUUUAAGCGCUUCUGUCCUCGCAAAGCAGACAUUUUAAAAUAGAUCAAAACAUUAGUAAACUAUUAAUUCACAUACAGUUACACAGUACAUUGCAGGAAUUUGACCAACAACAUCACAUCAGAAGUGAUUCUUGAGACCAUGGCCUCAUUAUUGUGUGUCAUAAGCUUUGAUUAUUGUUUUUGUCACUUUAUUUAAUUUUUUUCGACUAGAUAAAGUAGCUCAUAUCGUUAAAAGGGAUUUGUGAAACCAAAUCCGCAGCAGACAUCUAUUUUCAUACAGUAACAAAUGUUUCCUAUAUAAGUCGUCUUUGUACAGCUAAGCUCCCACUGCAGACCUCCCAUUUUAAUACGGACACAAAGCUUCAUUGUGUUUUAAACUUUUGUACAGAUCUGACUCUUGAUUCCCCUGAAGGAUCUUUGCACUGUGGUUAAGACAUAAGAAAAAUGGACGUGAUGAACUAAAAGAUCUGCCAGCAUCUGAAACCAUUCAUAGAACAUAUAAAAGAACGAGUUUGAAAACAAAAAUUGGCGGUUAAAUAUCAUUUAUUACGUCUACUGUGAGCCAAGAAAUUAUUACUUUUUUGGAUUCAGCAUUUCUAAGAUGCACAAAAUGGAACAUUAAUGUUUUAUUUAGGGGACUAAGAACCUGCAAAAUAUAUAAGGUUUUUAACAUUAGUUUUGACAAAUAGCUAAAACACAGGCACCAAAAAACAUGUUGCAUACCCUCAAACCUGAGUAAUAUUUUCCCAAGUGCUAAUAUCCUUCUUUUGGUUGGGAAACAUGGGCCAGACAUAAUACUAUAAUGCAGUCAUGUAUGGGUUUAUUCUGCCUCUGUGUGUAUUUACUGUAUGUACCAGUCCCUCUGCCUUCUUACACUCCCCUUCAGUUAGCCUGUGUAAACCUUAUGUUAAGCUAAGCUAACCGUUUUUUUUUUAUCAGAGUUAAUGAAUUUGCAAGAGAAUCGAAGCAUUAGCAAUGCACAAGUUUUUACCGCCGAAUGUCGAAAUGUGAAAGUCACCUGCGGGUGAAUGUAAAAGUUUCUGAAGAUUUAUUUUUUAGCUUAAAAAAAAAAUUUGAUCCUUUUUUUAUUUUUGUUGAUCUUGUUUUUUUGAAUUCAGCAGUUUUAUUUUUGAUUGUGUUUCUGUCACAUUUGCCUUUUGUAUUCCAAAUAGUGUAUUUCAACCUCUGUCAUUGGAGUAACAUGUACAACUAUCAAUCAACAAAAAAAAACAAGCAAAAAAAACAGCUACGUUUUGUUACGUGCAAUACUUUGUAGAAUACUUUUAUUUUUCUUGUUGUUUUUCCUCAAAGGUGCUGGCCUUUGAUGCUAGCCUGUGAAUUCUUGAUGGAGAAAAUAUGAAUCUUCAGGGUCCAGUAAAAUUAAAUCCUGCCACAAAAUGCUCUGCAGUGUGGAAACCCAACAAAGCCACUACUCCAUCAAAGAUCAUGUGGUUUGAAAUGCACUGAGACUAAAACUUUGUCGCAUCAAAACUGAAUUUCCUCGUGAAAUGCUAUUUUUAUUUUUGUGACGGACCGCUAAGUAGUGAGUUUGUAAGAGGUAUAAAACACAGUAACACUGCCACUAAGCCCACCAUCUUUCUACUUUUUUUAUUUCAGGACUGCUGUGUUGCUAAAAAUCAGACAAUUCUAAAAGCUAGCAGAAUUUCAAAAAUUAGCAAAAAAUAUUAACAAUAUCCGAAAAAAGUAAGCCAGUUCCCUAUGAUGAUUGUAGGCGUCUUGCUCGUGAUAGAACAAAUACCCUGCAGUAGUUUCACCUGCUUUUGAAAGGCCUGGCUUUCAGCAACAUUAGCAGUACAUAUAAUAAAUAAAAAACACCAUAUCAAAUGUGGGCAUUUCUUUUAGAACUUUGUAUGCAAUUUAUACAUUCUGCUUAUUCCAACAAUUCUAUCUUAUUCCAACCCCACUUUGCCAAACCCUGCAACCUCAGUGCUUUAUCAAAAACAAGUAGAGAACCAAAUUACAUCUACGGGAACAGAAGUUAAAACGUGUCCAUCUCUGUUAUGAAAACACCAUAUCUGCAGGCUUCAUAAUGUCAUUGGUUGUUUCUGUGAUGUAUCUUUAGGUUUGAAGAUAAACAGAGCUUCAUUUCCUUGAAACAAAUGUGAUGUUUGGUUUGGAGUUUGGUAAAUAUGUGACCUAAGUACAUAUUUGGCAUUUUAAUUUUGAUUCAUGUUCUCAAGAGGCUAACAAUGACACAAAAGGCUGUAAAAUCAUCUUUCCUCAAAUGCUGGUAAUCUCAGCGCUAAGCCCUCUGGGAAAUGGAGUCCCAAUCAACCUCCAUUCUGAUCAUGGUCUCCAAUGACAAUGCCUCCGUCUUUCCUGCAUUAUAUUUGCCAGCCCUCCUUUUUGAGAAUGUAAAUGAGAAAAUGUUUUUUAAUUCUUAGUGAAGAAAAAAACAUUUUUUUAAAGAAUUUGAAAGGUUUUAUUUUUUAUUUCUAUGGCCAACCUGUAAGCUAGGUAAAAAAAUGAAAAAAUAUGUGUUUGAACAGGUUUUACAAAAGGUGUAAAACUUUUUUUAUUUCUUAAUAAAAAAUGUGUCUUCAGAAAAUGAA